AUGUCUUCAACAUCUCGUCCCGGCGAGCGCAUGGUUCACCAGGACUUCAUCGCUCGAAUCCGAUACUCAAAUGCGCUCCCUCCGCCACCACAUCCCCCAAAGCUGCUCGAUAUCCCCAACACUGGUCUUGCGAGUGGACAGUACACGACACCAGGCUUUGCCUCGCGUCUUGCGAGGGAGCAGCCACUGAACAUUGAAGCUGAUGCUGAGCUUGGAAUGCCCCUGGACUUGGUGGGCAUGCCCGGUGUUUUCGAUGGCGAUGAACGAUCCAUUCAAGCUCCUGCUCAUCCCUCCGCUCUUCACCCUCAUGAUCGACCGCUCCUAAGGCCCAUCGCCGCUCUCGGAAAGCUCAAGGCCGCCGAGGCCAACGUUUCUUUCCUUCGCCGAACAGAAUACAUCUCUUCAGGCAGCUCGAAGCGCAAGGAUGGAGGCAUGCCUAACGCCAUGCUCAAGAAAAUCAACAGGAUCAAACGUGUUCCGGAACCUGCUGCCGAUUCUCCUCACGCCAUCAAGCGCAAGAUCGACAAGGGUUUCGAAAUCGCAGAGCAAGAAUUCAACGAUCCCAAACGCGCCAAACAUCCCAGCAAGAAAAAUCUCAAGGUGGUCGACGUUUCGCCUCUUAUUCCCGAUCUCGAUGCUUUCCCAGACACUGGCGCAUACGUCACAAUAAAAUUCCACCAAGCCCCUGUGGUCAGCGCAAAGCAGUACGACAGACGUCUUCUGAGCGGUUUGUUCAAGCCCAUCGACCGAACACCGGAUGAAGAAGAGGCGUACGAGGCCGCCGUGGCAGCUCAUGAGCAAGAUCCCGACAACAUUCCCAAGCCUCAGAAUACAAUGAACUACGAAUACUACCUGGCAGCUUCAGCUACUGCUGGGGAGCGCUUCCGUCGCAAAUUCGAUGUCGAGGAUGCUGAUCACAACGACGAUGAGCUCUAUACUCAUCAAUCAGAUGCUGGUGGCUGCUUUCAGUUUCGACGACUUCGAGGUUAUGAGACCGCUCAGGAGGUCGAGUUCGAAGCUGCGACCAAGUAUGACGAAGAAAUCAUCCUAUCGUACAAUGAAGACACAUUCUACCCCAACCAGAAGGCUGUGUACUAUUAUCCUGUUCAGCAGAAGUCUACCGUUCGACCUCAACGAACAAAGAAUAUCGCACGAAAUAUUGGCAUCGCCGAGGAGGAGCAGGUUAUCGAUCAGCUCGAUAUCACUGUGGAGGAUCCUACUGAGGAGGUUCGUGAGAUGAUAAAAGCUCAUCAUGAUCACCCUCUUGGUGGAGGACCUGCUGAGGAAGAAGAGGAGCACCACGAGGGCCAGGAUGCCGAAGGCGAAGAGGAUGUUGACCACCGGGGUAGCAGCCCAGCGGCCCGUCGCUCAAGAUCGAUUUCUGAGGAGCGCGAUGCGGAGGGUGAAGAUGACGACUAG